GUUCAUGCCCCAGGGUCUGGUUCCGAUUUGUUUUGCCAUUGAUUUGAUAAGAAUGAGCUUUUGACAUAUUCCUACCCCGCCACCUCGGGACUGAGCAGGCAGGCACCUACAGCAUCCACUUUGCCUCAUGGGCCCGGCAAAGCCCCUGUACCUCUCCAGCCUUAACAUACAUCUCCCUCAGAAGUAGCCUACUGACAGGAGCACUGCCUGACCCCCUCAUCUCUCCAGCCUUAACAUACAUCUCCCUCAGAAGUAGCCUACUGACAGGAGCACUGUCUGACCCCCUCAUCUCUCCGUCCCCAGUAGCAGGACCUUUACCCAACAUCUCUUUGGGUUCCUUAAUUGUCCAUUCUGGCCCAUCUUUUUUCUCCUCCCGCCUGCUCGCUAUGUCCUGUCUGACCCCUGCGAUGGACUUCCUGCAGAUGAAGCAUCUGAAGCGCAAACGGAAGAGCAACUACAGUGUGAAGGAGACGCAGACGCUGAUCCGCGAGAUCCACAAACGGCGCGACGUGCUCUUCUCGCGGCAGCAGAACACGGCCAUCAACGAGCUGAAGCGCCGCGCCUGGGACGAGGUGGCCGACUGCGUCAACGCCCUGGGCGAGGGCGAGCUGCGCACCGCCGCCGAGGUCAAGCGCCGCUACCUGGACUGGCGCGCGCUCAUGAAGAGGAAGCAGAUCCGCGCCGAGCUGGCGUCCGGCCUGAAGAGCGAGUACGAGCAGCCCUGCCUGUCGCCCGACGAGAACGAGGCCUCGCUUAGUGGCGGGGAUCAGUCGCUGGAUGUGAGUGGGUUCGCCAAGGAGGCGGCCUGCGACUGGCAGGACCUGUCGGAUCUGGGGGAGCCGAGCAGCCACACGCCCUCAGGGGUCAAGAUGGAGGAUGACGAUGCUAAUGGAUACAGUCUGGAGGGCGACACGGGAGGAGAGGGUGAGGGGGACGGAGAGGAGGAUGAUGACGACUGCUUUCCCUCCAUCUUGCCUGACAUUGACCGCGAGGGACGUGUCCCAGAAGUCUUUGCCCACAUUGAUGAGUUUGGCAUGCUCAGCUCCUCCAAAGCCUCCUCUGUCAGCGCAGGAGGGCGGGACCUGGGCCUAGGAGUGGGCAUUGGCGUUGGCAUGAGUGGGGUGGGCAUCAGCCUGGGCGGGGCCAGUAUGGGCAUGGGUUUGGCUGGAAUGGGCCUAGGCGGGGCUGAGACCACUGGCUUGCUGAUCACCUUAGAGAAGCAGCGGCUGGACCUGGAGAAGCACCGCUUGCAGGUGGAGUCGGAGCGUCUGGCCGUGGAGAAAGAGCGCCUCCUGCUGGAGAAGGAGCGCCUGCGGCAGGCUGAGACCGAUCGCGAGCGCCUGCAGCUAGAACGCGAGCGCCUGCAGGUGGAGCGCGAGCGUCUGCGUCUGCUCAUGUGCCAGACGGCCGCCUCCGCCCAGCACGGCAUGCCCUCUUCCACCUCCGCCGCCACGCCCAGCACCUCUUCUUCGUCAUCGUCUUCCUCCUCGAGCGCCCCCACCUCCUCCACCCUGGAGGGAGACAAGGACAGGAAGCCUUUCUGGCACCCAGCCAUGGAUUUUGAGACAGAGAAGCUGAAGCUGGAGAAAGAGCGCCUCAUGCUGGAGAAAGAGAGGCUGCAGUUUUUCAAGUUCGAGUCAGGCAGGCUGGCGAUUGAGAAAGAGCGCCUGCAGGUGGAGAAGGAGCGAUUGCAGCUACAUAAGGACGGGCAGCAGAUGGCGCUGCAUCAAGGACACUAACCAGAGACAUCAUGCUCAACCUCUGCAGAAGGAGAGAGAGAUAAGCUCUGUAGAAGGAGAGAGACAGGAGCGUGUGGGCAAGUUUUGGGCAGGAGAGAUAGAGAGAGAGAGAGAGAGAGAGUGAGAGAGCCAGAUGGUGGAGCAGAGGUGGGCGAGAGAGGUGUGUGUGGGAAAGACGCAUAGCAGGACAUCAUGCGUGCAGACAGUGAACGGACAUCGGUGGAAGAAAGGUGUUGGACCAAGCCUGUUCGAUAUGCCACGCAGGAGGUUGUGUUUGCAUGCUGUUACAAAGUAAUGGAAAGAUAUGGUCCAGUGUGUUUGCUUCUUCCUGUUCCCUGACAGUAUCACGGAGGGCAGCCCUCUCUGAUGCUGCCAGCGCACUGGAGCUUCUGUUUUAUGUACCAUAGUGCUUUCCAGUUCGUUGUAGGGCGUUUGCAUUUCUGCCUAUUGUCAGUUUGUUAUGGUAAAACAGAUGGCCAAAUGGGACUCAAAUGCUGUGACUGUUCAUGUGUGUGUGUGUGUGUGUGUGUGUGUGUGUGUGUGUGUGUGUGUGUGUGUGUGUGUGUGUGUGUGUGUGUGUGUGUGUGUGUGUGUGUGUGUGUGUGUGCGGUAGGCCCAGAGAUUAGUCUCUGCAUCACACAGACACAAGAUGGUGCUCGCUAUGAUCUAUUGCUAUGAUGAAAAAAUACCCAGCUCAGCAGCAUCCAGAAAUCAGUUGCGGAAGACAGCAGUCAAUACAUCAUUGUAGUGGUGUUUUUUUUUUUCACAUCAUGUACCGGUGAUUUCCAUUUCUGUCAAUAUGUUUACCCCCUCCAAGUCUUUUAUGGUACCUAAAUAGGAAAAAAAAACUUUUGUAGUUAUGUAUAGUAGUGGAAAAAAAAUGUGUCCCUGUAUAGAGGGAGAUUUCCCCUCUUCUGAAAUGUGUCUGUUCAGUACUGUUGUAUCAUGUACAGAGUGUAGUCUCUAUGGCGAUACAGAAGCACAAAAUUAAGUGUCAUUAUAUAUAUAUGUGUAUGUAUGUAUAUAUACAUACAUAUAUAUGUACAGUAUGUGUAUAUAUAUACAUAUAUAUGUAUCUAUAUAAAUGGGUAAAGCGGGAUGUCUAAUAUGCCUUGUGACUUUAUUGAACCAGUCCUUUAUUUUUUAUUUUUUGUAAUGUUUCAGAUGUUGUAUUAUUGCUGGAUGAUUUCUUGAGAGGAUCUUUGCCUUUCUUUUAUAUUCUUUUCAGGCGCUCUGCAGGUGCAGUAUGUUUGGAAAAGCAGAAAAAUUGAUAUGUGGUCCUUUUUACUGCUCUGACUUUUAAGAUAAAUAAAAAAAGAUUGUGGA